CUCGAGGAUCCUGCAAGAGGGACUCCGCUCCUGCUGCUGCUGCUGCUGUGAAGAGCCGGGGGAGCGGACACGAAACAGGGGAGCGAGAGAAGAGACACGGGAGAUCCUCCAUCAACCGAAGGUCUCCUGUAUCUCUUCCAGGACGUGUCGCACUGAUUGUGUUUAACAUGCACAAUCCCAAGAGUGUGUAGUGUCAAGGGGAGUGUUUUGUGUGAGUGUGUGAGAGGAUACUUUAAUCGCAGAGAUGGGCUCGGUGGGAGCGGAGCGCCGCAGGCCCACUCCGGCCCAGACGCCCGAGGGCGGCGUGGUGCAGAGCUACAGCUUCGACUCCUACCAGCUGGAGGAGGAGGAAAUCGGUAAAGAUGCCCCGGAGCGAGGAGUGCUGGCUCUGUCCGAGCCCGACUUUGAGGAGCCGAUCCCUGAUGACCGUUACCAUGGCAUCUACUUUGCUAUGCUAUUGGCUGGAGUGGGUUUCCUGCUUCCCUACAACAGCUUCAUCACUGACGUGGACUACCUGCACCACAAGUUUGAAGGGACGUCCAUAGUGUUUGACAUGAGUCUGACCUACAUCCUGGUGGCUCUGUUGGCCGUCAUCCUCAACAACGUGCUGGUGGAGAGACUCAGCAUGCACACCAGGAUCACUGUGGGUUACAUCUUAGCUCUCGGGCCACUGAUCUUUGUCAGCGUGUUUGAUGUGUGGCUGGCAAAGUUUACCACCAGGCAGGCUUACAUCGUCAACCUUGUGUCAGUGGGAGUGGUGGCCUUUGGAUGUACAGUGCAGCAGUCCAGUUUCUAUGGUUACAUGGGGAUGCUGCCCAAGAGGUACACGCAGGGGGUGAUGACAGGGGAGAGUACAGCAGGAGUGAUCAUCUCCCUGUCUCGCAUCUUCACCAAGCUGCUGAUCUCAGACGAGAGGAGGAACACGCUUAUCUUCUUCCUCGUCUCCAUCAGCAUGGAAAUGCUCUGCUUCCUGCUUCACCUGCUGGUCCGCCGCUCCCGAUACGUCCGCUACUACACCAACCACGCCCAGGGCAAAGGCCCGGGCAAAGGACAUGACCCGCGUGACAGCGGGACGGGAUACCGGGUUCACCAUGAUGUCACCUCAGAGGAAGGAAAUAGUGGAACAGGACCGUCUACUACAGAGGAAGGCAUUGAGGACAUUGUCGGCGGGAUGUACGUGCGAUUUGACGCCCCUACAGCCAAGAUAAGGAAGAGCUGGCCCGGUGUCCGCGACAUGAUCUUGCAUCGUUACGUGGUGUCCCGUGUGAUCUGGGCCUACAUGCUGUCUAUAGCGGUGACCUACAGCAUCACUCUGUGUCUGUUCCCCGGCCUGGAGUCAGAGAUACGAAACCCAACCUUGGGGGAAUGGCUCCCCAUCCUCAUCAUGGCCACCUUCAACAUGUCUGACUUUGUUGGCAAGAUCCUGGCAGCGCUGCCGUACGACUGGUCUGGAGGCCGCCUGCUCUUCUUCUCCUGCCUGAGGGUGGUUUUCAUUCCUCUGUUCGUCAUGUGUGUGUACCCUGCGAAUGCACCCACCCUGUCCCACCCUGCCUGGCCCUGUCUCUUCUCCCUCCUCAUGGGAGUCACCAAUGGCUACUUCGGUUCUGUGCCGAUGAUCCAGGCUGCUGGCAAAGUGCCGCCCGAACAGAGGGAGCUGGCAGGGAACACCAUGACAGUCUCCUAUAUGACGGGCCUGAUGGUGGGCUCCGCUGUGGCGUACGCAGCUUACAGCUUCACCGUUCCUGAAUCAGGAACACGCAUCUCCACACUCAACUUACACCCACCUGCAAACGCUACCGGGUAUUGAAUGUCCACACACCUGAAUAAAACACACACACACACCAAUGUAAACACACAUACAUGUACACACACCUGAAGCCAUUUACACACAUGAGGCCAGGAGAAGCAGCUCAGACUGAUGGACUCGAGUCCUGCACCAGGGGACGAGAAGAACUCUUUAAAGUUUAUAAUCGGACAGAUUAAUUCUUGCUUCGAUUUGGCUCGUUGGAUAAAUAAAGUGGAAUAAGAGACAGAAAGUGGGAUUGAGGCCCCAUCCACACUACUCCGUUUUUAUUUAAAAACUAAGUUUUAAAAUGAAAACGAUCUCUGUCCACACCAGUGUUUUAGCUGUGUAUCAGAGUUGAUCUCCGUCUAUAUUAACAGCUGAAAACACACAUCUAGUGGCCGUUCACUCACACUGGGUGUGCACGUGACGGUGUAAACAUGAAGCAGAUAGCAGAUGGUCUACUCCGUAGUUACAGAAGAUUUGGCAAAAGAAUAAAGAAAUACAGACGAAGAACCACACCAGAUAAUUCUUAUACAUGGACCAACAACGAGCUGGAUCUGUUACUGAAUGUAACACGGGAGUUAAAAGCAACUGUGGCGGCGGAAAACAGACUGGAAGUCGUUGCAAAGUAAAUACGGUGAAAUGCAGAG